UGACGUUUAACUCCACCAGGCGAUGCAUACCCCGCCGCAUCCACAUUCACCACCAGCACUCCCACCACCACCACCACCACCGGGUGCCUUAACAAUCACAAUGCCGCUCCUCAACCUCGCCUCGGUAUCCGCGCACACCGACCGAGUGUGGCAAUGCGCGCCGCACCCGACUCUGCCCCUCGUGGCGACCGCCAGCGGCGAUAAAAGCUCUCAAAUAAUCUCGCUACUAAAAUACACGACGCUGUCGACGAUCGACGGCGGACACAAGCGAUCGGUGCGCUCUGUGGCGUGGAAGCCCAACACGCGGGGCGAGUCCGUUCUCGCGACCGGAUCGUUCGAUGCCACCGCGGGGAUCUGGCGACGCUACGAAGACGACGCCGGCGCGACGACGGGCGGCGAAUACGACGACGAGGAAGACGAGGAGUGGCGGUUCGCCGUAGUCCUGGACGGCCACGAGAGCGAGAUCAAAUCUGUGGCGUGGAGCGCCGGCGGCACAUUCCUCGCUACCUGCUCGAGGGAUAAGAGCGUCUGGGUCUGGGAGGAGAUGGAUGAUGACAAUUUCGAAACUGUCGCGGUACUCCAGGAACAUACACAGGAUGUUAAGUGUGUUACUUGGCACCCGGAGGAGGCACUGUUGGCGAGUGCGAGCUACGACGACACCGUCCGGCUGUACCGUGAGGACCUUGACGACUGGGUGUGCUGCACCCUCCUCAAUGGGCACCAGAGCACUGUUUGGUGCGUGGUGUUCGAGCCAUUGUCGGCGCCGAAUUAUGAGGCAGGCAGGAACGCAAGGCUGGCGAGUUGCUCAGACGACAAGACGAUACGGAUCUGGUCGAGGAUUGGUCAGAGUGGGGUGGCGUCGGGGAAGAGCUCCGAUGCGCUGCCGAGUAUUCUGAGGGGUGCUCCGGUGGAGGAGGACUGGAAAUGCACGGCGGUGCUCCCUAACGCUCACGAGAGGAGUAUUUACUCGAUAUCGUGGAGCCCAAGAACGGGGAGGAUCGUGAGCUGCGGUGGGGAUGGGAAGAUCGUGGUGUAUGAAGAGGACAAGGAAGCCGCUGCUACCACAACGGAGGAGGAUGGAAAGGAUGAGGGUACAGAGGGUGGGAAAGCAUGGAAGGUCAUUGCUGAGUUUGUAGGGGCUCACGGCGUGUAUGAGAUCAACAGCGUCACUUGGAGCAAAAGAUACGACAAGGACAAGAGAGGCGAGGACGAUGAGAUCGUCAUCAGUGCGGGCGACGACGGGGAGGUCAAGUUCUGGGCAUUGGUGGACUAGUUGGACUUUGUAUUUUACUAGAACGGCGCGGGAGCGGAAUGCGAUAUAGAGAGAGAGAAGUUCGGUUUGUUGUCGUAUACGGCUUUUUACAGACUAUGGCGACCACGGAAUACGAUAUAGAAUCUGAACCAUAAAUCUACUCUCA